CCAACGACGCUCGUCCCCUCCGCCCCUCCGCCUGAGUUACAUGAGCCUCUGUGGAUGCCGUAGUCAGGUGAUCUGAGCAGGAACUGUUCCCUGGUGCGGGGAUGGCUCCGGACCCUUGGUUGUCGAUGUAUGAUUCCACUUACCAAAUCGCCCAAGAAAUUGCUGAAAAAAUUCAGGAACGCAACAGAUGUCAGAGGAAUGGUGAAAGUACAGCUAAGCUUAGUGUUACCAUCAGGUCACUACUGCAAAAUCUGAAAGAAAAGACCGAUCGUCUGAAGGACCUACUGUUUCGUUCUGUAUCAACACGUCAAGUAACCCAACAUGAAGGAGAUAGACGGCAGAAUUUAGUGGACGACCUUCUCACAAGACAUGGACGACUUCAGGCAUCUUUCAGAAAUGAAGACACAGAACCUGAUGUGAUAAGGUCUAGCCUAAUGACAGGAGGGGUCAAACAAGAUACAACAAACCCAUGGCUUGUGGAAGAGCCUGAGGAAACGAGAGGCCUGGGCUUUGCCGAUAUCCAGCAGCAGCAACAGAGAAUUAUAGAAGAGCAGGAUGCCGGUCUUGAUGCUCUCUCGUCAAUCUUGUCUCGACAAAAACAGAUGGGGCAGGAGAUUGGGAAUGAAUUGGAGGAACAGAAUGAAAUUGUUGAUGAUCUUGCCAACUUGGUAGAAAAUACUGAUGACAAGCUGCGCAGCCAAACCAGACGUGUGAAGAUGGUCGACAAAAAGUCAACUUCCUGUGGGAUGCUGGUGGUGAUCGUGUUGCUGCUGAUUGCAAUUGUCGUUGUUGCUGUGUGGCCUACCAAGUAGCCUGUGGAGAUAUCAGUUGGCAGCUGCAUACCAACAGCAUCUAAAGCAAGGACUGCUCCGUCUCAUCGUGGUCAAUUUCUGUGGGCUUGACUGCAUCUACCCCAUUGUGGGUACACUGACAGAUGCCCAUGUCAGGUGGAGGAUUUCCUUUUACACACAUCUAUCUUGUUGGACUUUGUAUUUUCACAAAAGUGACUAGAAGAACAUUGUUCUCCUUAUGAACAUCGAAGGAUUAAUACAAUUAAUUCCAAAGAAGCAGUCAUUAUUGAAGUGCUGUCUAUCUAGCAAUCCCUACUUGGGGCGCAAGAAGGACCUUGCUGCUGUUCUGUAGUGUGCCUGG